GAGGAACACAGUCUGACUAAUGGAAUCUGCACUAGGCUGUGGAGCUGAACUCCACUAAAGGACUUACAUGCAUCAUGUGCACAGCAGAAAAAAAGAUAGAUGAUGAGGAUAGAAUGAUGAAGAGGUAGACAAUGUGAGGAAGUGCGUAGAUGGCUGUGGAAUGUUUGAUUGAAGCACUGGUGAAAGUCUGAUUAAAAGGAGGCAAAGCAUCAUCACGAAAGAGAAUAAAAUUUACAGAAACAUUUGUUUAGUUCAGAUCAACUGUCGGGCACAGUAUAAGAAAGACAAUGGACCCGCCAAUCACACUAUACUGUUUUAUCUUGCUUUCCAGCCUUGGUUUCAUCCUGGGAGGAUGUCCGGAUAAAUGCUUUUGCAAUGAAAACCAAAUAGUCUGCCAGGGCAAAUCCAUCUUUGAUUUCCCCUCUGGUGUGCCUGCUACCACCUCCGCCCUCUAUAUUUCCAACACCAACAUCCCUACCUUAAAACCAGAGGACUUUGCUAGCUUUUCAGAGGCCCUAGGCAUCUUUGUAGUAAAAGACUCGAGCAUCAUGCAGGUCCUGCCUGGCACCUUUGACCGUACCAGUAACCUGGGUGCCUUGGGGUUCACCAGCACCUUUCUAUCAGACUUGCCUGAAGCCUUGUUCCAGAAUCUUCUGAGGCUGGAGUCUCUGACUCUGAGCAACAACAAGCUUGAGGUGCUUCGCUCCACCUGGUUAGCCUCACUUCCUGCUCUGAAGAAGCUUGAUCUCAGUAAGAACCUGCUGACAUCCGUUCCUGAGGAGGCUUUCCGUUAUCUCACUCAGCUGGAACACCUGACCCUGGCCAGGAAUAACAUCUCCCAGCUCUCCAAAGAGACAUUCAGGGGCUUGACCAGAGUGAAGAUUCUCCGUCUCAAUCGGAACUCUCUACGACAGGUUCCUGUUGGAGCGUUGGAUGACCUGGUGAGCCUGGAGGAACUCUCUCUGCAGGACAACCAGGUGGACCACCUACACGCUGACCUGUUGUCUAAGCUUAAAAACCUGAAGAAGCUUUUCCUCUCCAGCAACCGCCUGACAUCCCUACCCCAGGGAUUGUUCUUUAACAUGCCCAACCUGGCCCAGAUCUCCCUCUAUGAAAACCAGCUGAGUAGCCUGGUCCCAGGUGUGUUUGGCCCCAUGGCUCUUCAGGAACUGUGGCUGUACGACAACAGGCUGAUCCGUCUAGAGGACAGCACUUUCAUGAACCUUACCCAGCUGCGUUUACUGGUGCUGAGCCGCAACCAGAUCAGCUCUGUGUCCCCCCACGCCUUCAGGGGGCUAGAGCAGCUGGGAGAAGUGUCUCUGCACACCAACCUGCUCACAGGCCUGGAGGAGGGCACAUUCCAGGGGAUGCACGAGCUGGUAAACAUAUCGCUGGAGCACAAUCAGCUAAACUCCCUUCCAAGCAAGUUCCUGGAUGGUCUGAGCCAGAUGGGCCAGCUAGACCUUCACAACAACUCCUUCUCCAACCUGCCCCCGGAGACCCUAGACACGCUCACAGCAGCUAUGGAGGUGCUACUGGCCCAAAACCCUUGGAGAUGUGACCAGGAUAUCCUGCCGUUGCGCGACUGGCUGAGACAGCACCCAACCAAGGUCAACCACAGUGUUGUGCUGUGUGCCACACCCAUCGGCCUAAGUGGUGAGGUUGUUGCUGACCUAAAGGACGAGCAGUUUGGGGUCCUCCACCCAUCCCUCACGCCUGACCCCCCAGAGGACAGGUGGGAGAUCAGCACCCUGGCUCCUAAGAAGAGCACAUUGGCCCCCACUGCCUCAGUUACACCCACCAGGCAACACACCAACAAUGGGAAGGGGGAGGGGGUGUCCCGGGACAUCCAUAUCAUUAUUAUAGCUGUUGUAUGCACCGCUGUCAUCACAAGCCUCAUUAUCUGCUGUGUCUGCUGGAGGAGGAAGAAGAAAGAAAGCCACAACUUAGGGCGUAGGUCCAAAAACUCUGUUCUGUAAAAGUGAAAUUGUGUCCUUAACAAUCUUAAAUGUCUCCUUGCAUGGCAGGAAACAAUCCCAAUUGAACAAGAAUCAGUAGGUUCUGUAAUAAUACCCUGUUUUAAAUGAUAGCCUGAUUAUAGCUUGGUCUGUUAUUACACAUCUCAGUUCAAAAUGAUUUAUGAUUAUGUUAUUGUAACUCUGUAUGAGGUUCCACUAAAAGUAAAAAAAUAUAUAUAUAUGUUCAUCACAAUGUGAUGAUCUGCAUCAUCACAACUCUGUAGAUUUUUCAUUUAAGUUUUUUAAUGAUUGACAUAUUAACAUUUUCACUGAAUUCUGAACUUUUGUAAAAAAGUAUACUUUUAUACGUUUUUAUUUGCUCUCUAAUUGUUAUCCUUCUUCACAAAAUCACACAUUGAAUAAAACACAUUGAAUUAAAUAAAUGCUUAAGUCAUGACAUUAAGGAAUUAUUGAU